AUGGAACGAAGUUGGAAAGCCGAACUUCGUACCUACAGUCCCUUCGAAAUGAGCAUACUCGAAACGAAUGUCAUUAAUCUGAAAGCAAGCUUGUUCUAUGAAGUUGCUAAGGACUUGUCACGUAUGCAAAAAAUGGAGCGUCUUCAUAAGGAACGUAUGAAAGCUAUGCAAAAUGCCCUGUCAGACAAAGACAGAGAUUAUCGCGAUUUUCAAGAAAAUGACGGAUGCGUACAAGUGAAGAGUGAAGAGGUCAUAAAUACCGUUUUGGCUUAUGGUGAUAGGACAGUUACCCUCUGUAUUAAUGGAAAUGAUUUUACUGCCCCAUUUGAUUCCGACUACGACCGUGUCGCCAAACUCUUGGUUGUUAUUUGCCACGAUCCCAAGACUCGUCGUAGACUUCGUACGUAUGAGAUUGCCGAUGCUAUCGGCUUGAAAUUCCACGAGUUUGAAGCUCUUAUUGAUAUGUUGUGCUCUACUGAGAACUGCGAUCUGGCUGAUUUGAACACCUUGCACGGAGCUUCAGAUAUCAAGUCUUACUUCACUUCCGUCGUCGUCCAUGGAGCUAUUGUUGGAUGGGAUUUACUAGAUCCAUUCCCGUUCAUAGGGGACCUUAUCAAAGCCCAGAAAGAGAGCGAAGAGCAAAACGCCCAGCAACAACCUGAUGAAGAAGACUCUGAAUAA